AAAUCUUGAAACAUUUUUUUUUAUCUAUUUUGUUAGUUCAAAUAGAAGAGAAUUUAAUACUGAAGGGAACAAGCUAUGAUUCAUAUCAAAAGGUUCAUUAGUUUUUUUUUCAUUCAUGUACGCGAAUUCAAAGAAAUCAUAAUAAUGAAAAGUCGAGAAAAGAAGAUAAAGUUUGUACUAUAGCUGUCCGGGCACAGCGUAACUACCUAACGCUCGCCUACCUUUGGCUUUGUAUCUACGGAAAUAUUGAGAAUUAGGCUCUGCAACUUUGUGUGAAUUUUCUGAAAUAUAUUAGGAAUCGCUUAAAACGAAAAAAAAAUUGAUUGUUUUGACCUUAUAAACCAGGCUCCCCCCUUAAUUGUCGCAAGGAUGCUUUAUAACAGCCCGUUUGAUUCUCUUCCUCUUCUUGUCAACGCAUGUCUUUAUAUGUACUCUAUGUAAGUAAGCAUGAAAUAGGUACAUAUACUAUACAUAUUAACCUUUUCUUCCCUUACAUUUGCUUGGUUUAAAUUAACCGAACAAAAUAAGAGAUUUAAAGUUUUCGUGGUUUUAUCGAAAUGAAGUUUUAACAAAUUUUAGGUAGGUACUGAAAUUUAUGUUUUGAUUUAUUAGAAGUUUCAGUAGACCCACAGUAAGCAGACCGACAAUAAAAUUAUUAAAUAAAUUUUUGACGCAUUUCUAUACAAAUGUUAAGAUUGCUCCAAAAAAGUUGUCGAAUAUAUGGGAAAUCCGUGUAUGGGCAUAACUUGGCCAAAUACUCAAGCAAAAAGCCACCAGAUAAAUCUGGUUUGUCUAAAAACAAGCAGUCUUUAAAGAAGGCGGAGAAUAAAGAAGCAACUUUGGCUGCACCCUCAACUAAGCCUGCUCCCCUUAUGAAGGAAGUUCAGAUAUAUCGCUGGCAGCCAGGAAAAAGCCCGCGUCUUCAAAGCUACAAUGUAGACCUUAACAAAUGUGGUGCUAUGGUCCUUGAUGUCCUAAUAAAAAUAAAAAACGAAGUGGAUCAAACAUUGACUUUUAGACGUUCCUGCCGAGAAGGAAUUUGUGGCUCGUGUGCCAUGAACAUUGGAGGCAUUAAUACGUUGGCUUGUAUAUGUAAAAUUGACAAAAAAUCUUCUGGAGUACUGAAAAUUUACCCAUUGCCACACAUGUACGUUGUUCGAGAUCUCGUUCCAGACUUAGGCCAUUUCUAUGAUCAAUACCGCUCUAUUAAGCCAUGGUUACAACGUAAAAGUGAUGCUGAAGAGCCCAAAGGAAAGGCGCAGUAUUUGCAACACAUAGACGAUCGCAAAAAAUUAGAUGGUUUAUAUGAAUGCAUUCUCUGUGCCUGCUGCACAUCAGCGUGUCCGUCCUAUUGGUGGAAUGGGGAUAGAUAUUUGGGCCCCGCAGUGUUAAUGCAAGUAUAUCGAUGGGUUAUAGACUCGCGAGAUAAUAUAACCGAGGAGCGGUUGAAUCAAAUACGCGAUCCGUUUAGUAUUUAUCGUUCCCACACCAUUUUGAAUUGCACAAAUACCUGUCCGAAAGGGCUGAAUCCGGGGGAAGCCAUUAUUAAAUUGAAACAAUUAUUAAGUGGCUUCAAAAAGAAGCCAAAUGCCUUACUAGAGACAGACAAGCUUCUGAAGUAAAAUAUAUCUUUGAAAAGGCAAUUGGAUUAUGUAAUACUUUUAUUUUGAUGCAUAUCUGCAAUUAACUAUAUUCAUGUGUAUCUUCAGAUACUUGUACCUAUGUAUACGAGUAUACGUCAAUUGUUUUCGAAUCACUUCAUUAUUAAUAAACAUACAUUUUAAUUUUUGUAUUUGCUGAUAAAAUCUCUUACAUACAUAGAUAGAAACUGCUCUAUAUUUUUCGUCGCAUAUUUAGAAAAAUAAUUUGUAUGGAAAAUUACAAGUAUGGAAUCAU